AUGACAGUCACCCGCACGCAGGCGGGUAAAACGCCCCGAAAAACAGUGCGUCCGGAUUAUGUCGAAACCCCUGGCACGUACGGGAAGCCUCGACCGCGUAAAUCCCUUGCCGUUGUCGACGAUCAUGGCGCGCAAGUCUCUUCCCGGCUUCAGGACGACGAUGACACGGUGGCCGCUGCAACGCGACGCGUCAAGAGUGUGGAACCGGAAGCAAUGAAUGGACAUGCCAAUGGACAUGCCAAUGGGCACAUCAAGCCGACGGCGAAUGGGCACAUCACCAAGACAGAAAGUCAAGAGAAGGUCUCUGCUGAACGACUGGUGGACGGAUGGCGCCCUGGAAUGGACCCCAGGGUCGAUGCAUCCGGGCAUCUCGAAUUUGGAGGGUCAUUGGGCGUGACUGCGAUGAUGGUCGGCUUCCCGUUGUUGAUGUACUACAUGUGGAUCGGUGCAACAUACUACGAUGGCAAGUUUCCUACUCCGAGAGAGGGCGAGUCUCUAAAAGAGUUCUUCUAUGGGCUCUUCCGCAUGGCGUACUAUGGUGCAUGGCCGUCAACAAAAGCCUGGGUCAUAUACUGGGUCUUCUGCAUCUUCGAGAGCGCCUGUUAUUGCUUGAUGCCGGGCAUCUGGACCAAGGGCAAACCCUUGCCUCAUGAGAACGGACGCAGAUUGGAUUACUACUGCAGUGGAAUGUGGUCUUGGUGGGCCACCAUCAUUGUCGCCCUGGGUCUUCAUUUUUCUGGCCUCUUCAAGCUCUACACCAUCAUUGACGAGUUUGGGCCCCUGAUGUCCGUGGCGAUCAUUUCCGCCUUCGCUGUGGCAAUCAUCGCAUACGCUUCAGCCAUUUAUCGCGGCAAGCAGCACCGGAUGACGGGGUACUUGAUGUACGAUUUCUUCAUGGGUGCGGAACUGAAUCCCCGCAUGUUUGGGACUCUCGACUUCAAGAUGUUUUUUGAGGUUCGCAUGCCUUGGUACAUCCUUUUCCUCCUCUCGUUGGGAACGGCUGCACGGCAAUAUGAGCUUUACGGACACGUCUCGGGCGAGGUCGGAUUCUUGGUCAUGGCGCACUUUCUAUACGCAAAUGCGUGCAGCAAAGGCGAAGAACUCAUUGUCCCAACCUGGGAUAUGUAUUACGAAAAAUGGGGCUUUAUGCUGAUCUUCUGGAACAUGGCCGGCGUGCCCCUGACCUACUGCCAUUGCACCAUCUUCCUGGCCAACCACGCUCCAAGCACCUAUGUGUGGAACAAAUAUGCGCUUGCUGCUUUGUAUGUGGCCUACCUGUUUGUCUACUGGGUUUGGGAUACCACAAACAGCCAGAAGAACCGCUUCCGGACAAAGGAAUCGGGUGGUGCCAUUACCCGGAAAGCAUUUCCACAGCUACCCUGGCAGACGGUUGAGAACCCCAAGGUCAUCCGAUCAGAGGAUGGAGGAACGAUUCUUGCGGACGGCUGGUAUGGCUACGCGAGGAAGAUCCAUUACACUUGCGAUCUCUUCUUCGCCCUUUCUUGGGGAGCCGUGACAGGCUACAAAUCACCCUUCCCGUGGUUUUAUCCUCUCUUCUUCACGGCCAUGAUUAUCCACCGGGCCACGCGAGACAUCCAAAAAUGCCGGAAGAAGUACGGCAAGGCUUGGGAAGAGUAUGAGCGACAAGUCCCAUACCUGUUCAUCCCUUAUGUAUUCUAG